AUGAACUAUGAAGGGAGAAAAUCUAAGCACUGUUUUACUAUACCCGCCAACGUGGGCCACGUCUGCACCAAGACCGUGAAGAAGGUGGCCCGGGUCAUCGAGAAGUACUACAUGCACCUGGGCAAUGAUUUCCACACCAAGAAGCACGUGUGUGAGGAGAUCGCCAUUAUUCCCAUCAAGAAGCUCCGUAACAAGAUUGCAGGCUAUGUUACACAUCUGAUGAAGCGGAUCCAGAGAAGCCCGGUGAGGGGCAUCUCCAUCAAGCUGCAGGAGGAUGAGAGAGAAAGGAGGGAUAGUUAUGUACCCGAGGUCUCAGCCCUCUGGAUCAGGAGAUCAUUGAAGUAGAUCCAGACACUAAGGAAAUGUUGAAACUUUUGGACUUUGGCAGUCUGUCCAACCUGCAGGUCACCUAGCCUACAGUUGGCAUGAAUUUCAAAACACCACGUGGAGCCAUUUGAAUCUUUGCUGUGCUGUAAUACUUUCAAUAAACCUUGGACAGUAA